AUGGCACACUUGAAAGAGGAGGUAGAGAUGGUUAGUUCUGAGUGCAAUGCCAUCAUCCCUAUUGAGAUUCCUAAGAAGCUUGGAGAUACAAGGAGUUUUGUACUACCUUGCCAAAUUGGGAGAUUCAUGUUUGAGAGAUGCUUAUGUGACUUGGGAGCUAGUGUCAAUUUGAUGCCGCUUUCUGUGUCAGAGCGUUUGGGAAUCACCAAUUUCAAACCGUCAAGGAUCUCCUUAGUGCAUGCUGAUCGUUCUGUGCAAUCUCCAGUUGGGUUGGUGGAGGAUGUGCAUGUUAGAGUUGGGAACUUCUACAUCCCAACUAACUUCACAGUUUUCGAGCUUGAUAAAGAACCACAUGAUCCUCUCAUUCUUGGUCACCCAUUCUUACAUACCGUUGGGGCUAUGAUUGAUGUAAAAAAGCAGCAAAUUCACUUGCAGAUUGGUGACCAUACUCAGGAGUUUGACAUGAAAAGGUUGCUGAAAAAACCUACUAUUGGAGGACAAGCCUUUUCAAUUGAAACCAUUGAUGAUCCUAAGGAUAAGUAUGUGAAGACAUGCAUUGGUUGGAGUGAGGUCAAGAAAGUCCUGGAUGGAGACCUUCAAAUUCCAAUAAAAAAGUUAGUGCUACAUGCAAGGUUAAGCCCAAAAGGAUCAUGGAAAAUCCUCAUGUAA